CAGUAUUGGCGUGCCGCGGUUGCGGUAAGUAUAUAUUUCAUUAUAUUAAGGAUGAAGUCCCACCAAUUUUACUAUCUUCACAUUGGAUUGUAUGCGUUGCACUAUGCCUGCCCGGGUUCAUGGCUGGUCAAUACGUCUACCAAAGUUGCUGAUGGAGCAAUCCAACUUUGCCAUCUUAACUACCAUUACGGUUUCCUCGCCAGUGCUCUAGCAUUUAUAGCACUGUACUGGGCGUUCCCUUCAGCCAAGGUUGACGAAUUUGUGACCCAGGAAUAAAGCUUAAGAGAAUUACAAAGAUAAUUCGAAGACCGUGGGGAAAUGGUCGCACCGGGACUGUCGAUUGUUCUGGGGGUGACAACGCCGCGUGACCUUGGAAAUUGAAAGGAUUACACUAUACUUGAAACAUCAUCCU